AUGCGACAACCAACAAUGCCUAUCCGCUCGCCCUUUGAGUCUUCCAUAGCGAAGCCGGGUCAGGGCAACGUCGUUCUCUCUCUCCUCCCGCCUAAUAACCCCACCCUCACCACCCUCACCUACAAAUAUCCAUUAAAGCUGGUCCCACGGGCUCCAGGAUUUAUACCAGAACCUGACCCAGCUGCACUAUCAGACAAAUGCCCAUCAAUGCCUGUCCACCUUUAUCUCCUCACCUACGGCGGCGGCCUGCUGCCAGGUGACCAUAUUGAGGUGUCGAUCAAGCUUGACCCCCGCACCAGAAUGGUGGUGACGACUCCACAAGGAAGCACCAAGAUUUUCAAGACAGAUUCCAAAACCGACUCAAAUUUCAACGUUAUCAAAGGCCACCGUAAGAAGUUGCCCGCCAAUGAAAGCAUUUCAGACAUGAGUCAGCAAUCAUUAGACGUGAAGAUUGGCCGCCAGGCUGCUAUCUGCUACCUGCCUGAUCCGUCUGUACCUUAUAAGGAUAGUCGCUAUGCGCAAGUCCAAAAGUUCACCGUUGAUGCCUCGGCUAAGGGUGAUCAGCGCAGCAGUCUUUGUGUUCUAGACUGGGUAACGCAGGGUCGCACUUCUCGUGGCGAGAACUGGAAUUUCCGAUUUUGGAAGGGUCGGAACGAAGUCUGGGCCGCAGACGAGAAGACCGGAAAGAACAGGCUUCUGCUCCGUGAUUCCGUUAUCCUAGACGAUGAAUCCGAAGCCAUAGACGCCGACGAUGAUGAGGAGCUCGAGAUAGGUGGUAUGAGCGGUUCAAAUAGCCACCUAGUCCACGCAGACACUCCAUCUCAAGCUGGUCUUGUGCCAUUGAAUAUCAUUCAAGAAAGGACACGACCGCAUGGAGUUGUAGGUACCUUGAUCCUGUCUGGCCCCGUCUUCGACUCUCUUGGUGCCUACUUCAUGCACCAAUUCACAUCACAGCCGCGCAUCGGCAGCCGGAAUUGGUCCUCUGAGUCAUCAGCACCGGAACCCUCGAUCAGCACCAAUGGUGACGUUACCUGGACAGCUGCACGUGUGCGUGCUGGCUUUGUGUUGGUCAAGUUUGGUGCAAAGGACUUCGAGACAGCUAAGGUCUGGCUUGGCGGUUUGCUCCGUGAAGAAGGAAGCAUUGCGCGCGAAUUCGGCGAAGAGGCACUCUUCUGUCUGUAA